AUGAAUCAAAUUGACGAUGAUCAAAUGAUACUGAUAUCUCAGUACUAUCCUGCUGGAAUAUACGACCAACUCCUUCCAGAACAAGUGGAAGCGAAGCCGAGGCGUAGGCGGAAGAAGAACAAAGGUGAGGCGGGGAGCAGUGGGAUGAUGAGGAAGAGAAAGUUGAGUGAACAACAGAUGAAUCUAUUGGAGCAGAGUUUUGAAGAUGAACACAAAUUGGAGUCGGAGAGGAAGGACAAGCUUGCCUCGGAACUCGGUCUUGACCCUCGACAAGUUGCGGUCUGGUUUCAAAACAGAAGGGCUCGAUGGAAGAGCAAGAAGAUGGAGGAAGAAUACUCCAAGUUGAAGACUCAACAUGACACCACUGUUGUUGAGAAAUGCAGACUUGAAAACGAGGUGUUAAAGCUAAAAGACCAACUAUGUAAUGCGGAGAAGGAGAUACAAAGGUUAACGGAGUGUUUCGAGAGAUUUUCGAGCAAUAGUCCGAGUUCAUCUUUCUCAAUGGAGCCUCCAUUUUUAGGGGAAUUUGGAAUGGAGGGUUUGGAGAAUGCAUUUUACGUGCCAGAAAACAAUUACAUUCAUGGGUAUGAUUGGGUUAAUCUCUAUACAUGA